AUGGAUGGAUGUGAAAGCACACUAAGUGGCUUUGUUGACAUAGCUGUUGAUGGAUUUGAUAAAGAUGUAAAAUGGCGGCGUACUGAUUUACUAACAAUUUCGUCACGUGGUUGUAUAUCGAACGCACUAUCUUCGCUGAUAUGUGCUGUUGAUGUUGGAUAUGUAUCAUUAAAUAUGACAAAUGGUCAACUACUCUGGAUUAUUCCUCUUGAAAGUAGAGAAAAAACUGAAAUAGCAUCAUUGCCUAUUGUUAAUUAUGAAGGAUUCUUGAUUACUGCCAACAACACAAGAUGUAUGUUAGUCGAUCCUCAAGGUGUUGUUAGAGGCAUAUUCAAUUACGAACCAGUGUUAAUUCCUCCACUAGCAGGUCCAUUCGUGACAGAUGAUGGUCAAAUUAUUGUCGCCGAUUUAGUUUCUUUUGUAGGUAUAGAAGUUUCUGGUCUUCCACUUGGUGUUCAACCGUUACCUCCUAAUUUUUUUCGUCUAUCACGAUCUAUGAGUCUUAACAGAAAUGAUGCUAGAUGGUAUUUGAUUGCUCAGCACAAUACUACUUAUUCUCGAACAAUUGUUGCUGCCGAAACAACUGGCAGUAUAGUGGAUCGUCUACGUAUUGCUUGGAUAUACGAAUAUGGUAUACUGCCGAAUUUAUGUAAUGGAAUGGAAGGACCAUUGCUAUCAAUGAAUCGAAAAUGGUUGUUUAUUGUUAAUACCACAGGAAUUCUAAUCAUUGCUGAUAAAGUUGACUCAGCAAAAGUUGAAUAUGUUGUUAGCUUUCCAAAUCUCUGUGCGAAUGACAUGGCUUAUUUUGAGACAGACUCAACACUUCUCGUUGUCGACAAGCACACAUAUAAUAUUACUGCGUUAAAUGUUUCUACUCGAACCAUAUCCUAUAUUUCUUUGACAGAUAUUUGCCAAGAAGAGAUUAUUGGACAACUCUCUCGAAUGACUAUCAUUCAAAACCAUCGCCUAAUCAUAGUUGUAAUCACAGCAGCUCGUAAAGCAAUUCUACUGCUCAUUGAUUACAAUCUUCAUAGACUUUUAGAACGUUUCGAUCUUGGUUACGUGUCAGAGAUUGUUACAUUUGAACCUCUAACUCAACUAGCUUAUACAGAAACCAAUGAACAACAACUUUUUGUAACUAUUGCUCACAAAGCUGUAGGCUUAAUCACAGUUCGACUCCUAACAUCAAAUCAAUGA